CAGCAGAAUCGAACCACACAACCGUCCGACGAGGAAACGACACUCUCCGCAAGCGCCCCAUCCAUCCAAAGCAACAGAAAACAACGCGACACUUCUUUGCUUCGGAUCGAAAGAACCGAGGGACACCGAUGGAACCGAGCGAGAUUCGGACGGGAACAUAGAAAAAGGGAGAACCGAUCUAGUUCGCAACCGCAAUCGAAAACCGAACGAACCCGGUGGAUUCGUCCUCGGGCUCUCGACGAGAACCGAACAGGUGUUCCGGUAGCAACAAAAGCGCAGAAGCAGCGAAUUUCUGCGACGAAACAAACAAACAAAUAAACCGAACCAAACCGAAACGAACAUGUUUCAGAACUUUGGAAGGCUCUCUGCCAACCAGAGGGUGUGGGGUGCCAUCGGAGGCGUCAUUGUUGUGGGAACCGCAUUCAAGGUGGGUUCACACUGUUGGCAGAUCGUCGCGUUCGCCGUCUCGGAAAGAACCAGCGCGGCAAAGGAACGCCCACCCACCCGCGGCAAAGGCAACCCGGCUCACCCCUUCCUUGUUGUGUUGUGUUGUGUUGUGCUGUGUUGUGUUGUUCGUUCCCGCCCCGCCCCGAACCGGAUCGCACGGACCCCCCGCGCGCCCAGAUCACGUACUUUCGGUACUGCCGCGACGCCAUGCUGGAGGAGGGGGCCAGGUCCCACCUCGACGCCUCGGAGCACUACCGGGAGGCCCGGGAAUUCGCCCGGUGGUCGGCCGAGGACCGGGCCAGCAGGCGCGCCGACCUGCCCCCGCUGACCCCCGAGCAGCGGGAGCAGAUGAGGAACUACCUGCGCAUCAUGCAGGAAUACCACGCCUUCAACCCCGACUCGGACCUCGAUCCGGCCACCGGGAAGCCACGGUGACGCAAGCGGUCCAAAGGAAAGCAUCGGAACACGGACUCAGAGGGAUUUCCGGUGCGGAACACGGUGCGUUGCCAGAAACGAACCGAACCGAGCGACGGCGUUGUGUUUUGCUCGCAAAAAGGAGGGAAGAACGGGUACAGGUGGAUGGUUGGGUCUCGCACAAGCGAGAGAAGAUCGUAAUAGACACGAUUCGAGGAGGAUCGAUUUCCUCUCCGCUCUUACGGUACCCAUACUUAUCGAGCAAGAGUAUACGUAUAUCCUGUAGAACGUAAUUAUUGGUGCGAGAAGCAUAGUCCACCGUCGAGACGUGAGGUGUACAUGCAGUGCUCAUUCUUCCUACUACUACAACUAAUAGAUGAAUGUAUUUUUG